ACGUCACAUGCACGGAAGCGUCUCUGUUUUGCCGUCAAUCACCGGUGAACUUUAGCAUCGCCGCAGUACCGGUGGAAAAUCGGUUCAUUUCAACAACAACAAAAGGCUAACAAAUGCUGCUGUAGUGGUCUUUUAAUCCUUUUCUGAAUUAAAGCUGCCACUGUAUGCCUUAUCGGCUUGAAUACCUUACACUGUUUCAACUUAUGGUUCGCAUUAGAACGUUUUUACCUCCCGUUGUAGUAUAAAGCUAGUUAGCAUUUGAGCUAACUAAUAAGCGAUGGGCGAAUGAGUUGUGGGAAUCUCUAAGCCUGUAUUUCGGCAUUAUCCAUAAUCAGGGUCUUGCUACUUUGACUCGUAAUAAUGUCUUCAAAUAAGAGUUUGACUUAAAUAGCCAUGUAUGGCUUCAUGCUAUUUUGUAAGAUUUGCUUUCCUGGUGAAACCAUUGCCAGUGAAUCACGGCUGGAUAAAAUCAAAGAACACUAUAUUAGUGUCUGCUCAAACUGUUUUAAUGACUGCAUUGACAGAGUUUCAACCAUCAACAAAGAGAAAAAGGGUUGAAACCAAUAUUCCAACGUUAUCGUCUCAUAAAGGCCAAUCUUUAUGUAGUUGCAACAUUGUUAAGGAAAGUGUUGAUCAAGAAACAAAGAUGGAUAUACGGCCAAAGGCUGGAGCAAGUGGUUUGCUCCGUGUUAAAAUGAAAGCUACCCGCCAAAGAACUGGCCCAAAGCAGCAACACAACUUAAGAAAUUGUCUUAGUCUUGACAGAUGGUUGGUUAAGCCCUCAAAAGGCCCAAGCAAAGCUCAGUGCCAAGGCCAAGAUGAUGUAGAAAUGACUGAUGACAGUGGAUUUCAAAGCACCUCAGCUGAGUCUUUGGAUUGCAGAAAUGCUGAAAAAUCUUAUGUCUCUGAAACAGAUGAAGAAACCCAAUCCUUAACACCACAAAGCUUGGAUCAACCCUGUCCUGUUUCACCAGCUUCCAAGGAUUUUGAAGGGAGUGGGCUUAUACAGGCACUCUCUCACGUUGAAGAUGGAUUACAAACGCAAGAAACUGAGACAUGUUCAGACAGUUCAAAGAGUUCUGCAAAGCAGAUAAUUAAAAUAACAGACUUCUUUUCAGGGACAUCAUCACAGAAUUCACCUGUGAUGAGGGAUAAGCCUGACAAGUCUAUAGAAGAACAAGAUGCAGACAAGGAAAGACCAUGUGCUGAUGUGAAAUGGUUGGGGACGCCAAUCGGUGAACUAAACAGAAUGCCAGAGUGUGGUAGGGCUCUUCCACCAAUGAAGGAUAUACCAGGCCAGCACACUGUGAUGAUAAGGACAGACCUUCUACAGAAUGGUAAAAAUCCUGUCCCAUACCCAACUAAGUUGAAGGACAGCUGGGAUGAUGUCCAUGUCAAGAUGCCCUGCUCAAGUAAUAACUUGUUUCCUGUGAAAGAUGAGGAAACACAAGAACUGCAGAAUAAGAGCCGAUGGGAGCUGAUCAAAGAAACUUUAAACAAGAAGUUAACAAGUGCGCUUGAGAUGAAGGAAGCAGUGUUGACAUAUAAUGCUUCACAUGCCAAGAAAUGGGACUUCAGAGCAUUUCAUUUGUAUUGUACUAAGGUUUUGGAGUCUGAUGCUGCUGAACAUCUGUUUGACUCCCUGCUGCCAGACAUGGUGCAAUUAGCACUGAGAGCAUCUGAGCUUUGCACCAAGCCAAUACCCCUCCUGAAAAGAGGCAUGAACCACUCCAUUACCUUGUCUCAGGAGCAGGUGGCAUGUCUGCUUGCCAACGCCUUUUUCUGCACCUUCCCUCGACGCACCUCCAGAAAGACAGAGUACAUUAACUACCCAGACAUCAACUUUUUCAGGUUGUUUGAAGGCUCCUCUUCAAUGAAGAUUGAAAAGCUGAAAACCCUGAUGUGCUAUUUUCAAAGUGUCACUGAGCAAAUGCCAACUGGACUUGUAACAUUCACCCGAAAAAGGCUGGAUAAACAACCCAGUUGGAUGAGUUCUCAGACUCUGCUCACAAAGCUACACAUUACAUGCGAAGGGACCAUUGAGGAUGAUGGUUAUGGAAUGCUUCAGGUGGAUUUUGCCAACAAGUUUGUGGGAGGAGGGGUCACCAGUUCUGGCCUCGUUCAAGAGGAAAUCCGUUUCCUAGUUAACCCCGAGCUAAUUGUUUCUCGUCUCUUCACUGAAGUAUUGGAUCAUAAUGAAUGUCUCAUUAUAACAGGCACUCAGCAGUACAGUAAAUACACCGGAUAUUCUCAUUCCUACAAGUGGGGAGGCAGCUACCAGGACACAACUCCAAGUGAUGGCUGGCAGAGACGAUGCACUGAGAUUGUGGCCAUUGAUGCGCUACAGUUCAGGAACUUUCUUGAACAGUUUCACCCAGAAAGAAUCAACCGAGAACUUAACAAGGCUUAUUGUGGCUUCGCUCGCCCUGAGGAGGAAAGUCAGAACCUUGCAGCAGUGGCAACGGGAAACUGGGGCUGUGGAGUUUUUGGAGGUGACACGCGUCUCAAAGCCCUGCUCCAGAUGCUGGCAGCUGCCGAGGCGGGCCGAGAUGUAGCUUAUUUCACCUUUGGUGACAGCCAGCUCAUGACAGAUGUCCACAACAUGCACACUUUCCUCACUCAGAGGAACAUCAGUGUUGGAGAGGUGUAUGAUCUUCUGGGGCAGUACUACAGCUCAGUGUGCAAGAGCUGUCUCAGUCGGCGCCCUGACGUCAGCCUCUACUCGUUCAUCUACCAACAGGUCGGCCCUUCCUUGGCGCCUGACGACUCCAACAGAAGCUCAGCCACAGUCUGCCGUUAACGUCAUCUGGCUGAUGAGUCACUGUGCCUUAUUAUAAGAAAAUGAAACAAUUGAUUAACUGAAGUAUUCUCGGCUUUCCUUUGGAUUUAUUUUCCGAUUUAUUGUUUUAUUAAAUCUAGCUGUGGCUAAGCCGAAAAGUAAUGUUGACCGCUGACUAGAGAAAAUGAAUAACAAGCAUGCAGAUCCAGCUGAACAGCUCUGUGGAAGGUGCUUAGUUAUGACCCGGGCUGGAGCUGAGUUCAUUUUACCGCAGCUGGUAAUAUGGCAAUAGAUUGUGCUCCAAUGUGAUGCAAUUGUGUUUUUAAUGGUGAGGCAAAGGUUGCCAUCCAUCUUCUCAGUUUGUCAUGCUGCUUGUUUUUACACCACACACAUCCAACCUAAUUGAGUUGGCUGUCAGAAGUGAAGUUAAAGGAAAAGAAUAACAAGUGUUUGGAAAGCUUGAAGUGGUCUCAGGACAGCUUUUGAUUUAAAGAGCAGUCAGACUAAAAUAAUUUGUUGUGCAAUAAAUUUGUAAGAACCAUGAGUUGCGACUGCAUUUUGAAUUAUUUUUUGUGGUUUCUUUCCAGAAUGUGAUUGCACUUGCUUGAUUAAUUUGGUUUUGUAUUUUAACACCGAUGCAAUGUAAAAUGAUGUUUUGAAGGUUUUCUCAUGUUAAUAAUUAUUUGAUUAUCUCUCUGAAAAAACUUUGCCUUUUCAAUCUAAAUAAAACAAAUUUUACGUAAAGUUCUACACUUAAAAACUGUGUAUAUCU